AUGGCCAUCUCGUGGAAGUCGUUUGACUUCUUCGACGUCUCUCUGGUGGCGCCUCCUGAAGCCGAGGCAACCCAACUAUUCGAGGGCAACGAUGUUUCGAGCGUUUGCGCCGGCUCGGACAGCCUCUUCAUAGGAUCCGGUGAUGGCUCCGUCAGCAUCCUCGGCAAGAACUGGAAGGUGGUGAACAAAUUCCAGGCGCAUGACGCAGGACAGGUCACGCAGAUGCGCCAAGUUGAAGGAACCAGUGUACUCGUCACGGUCGCAGAAGACUUGAGCAACGAGCCGGUUCUCAAAGCUUGGGCUCUUGAUAAGCUCGUCAAGAAGACGAACAUGCCUACUUGCCUGAGUACGAUCACCAUCAGCAAUGGCAGGCGACAGUUUCCAAUAUCUGCCUUUGCUGCGCUCGACGACCUCUCCCAAAUUGCGGUCGGCUUCGCAAAUGGAGCCGUCACCGUAAUUCGCGGCGAUCUGAUUCACGACCUCGGAACGAAACAGCGAAUAGUAUAUGAAUCGGAAGAGCCAGUUACCGGGGUGCAACUUAUGGAAGACGAAAAACUUACAACCCUCUUUGUAUCAACGACGUCUAGGAUACUCAAGCUGGGCUUGUCAAAGAGAGGCCAAGGACUUCCACCGAAGACCGUCGAAGAUAGUGGCUGUGCAGUUGGCUGCAUGACUCUGGAUCCUGUCACUGGCGAUAUUGUGGUUGCGAGAGAUGACGCCAUCUACACGUACAAUAUGGAUGGACGAGGCCCUCCAAAGGUGUAUGAAUCACCAAAGAAGAUGAUUGCUGUGCAUCAGGACUAUAUGGCACUGGCUUGCCCGCCGGCUUCGAGCUAUGAGCCAGAUUCUAUACGACGCCGAUUUACGAAUGGAGCAGAUGGGUUAUUUGACUCUUCCACGUUUGUGCUUCUCGAACCUGAUUUGCGCAUUAUUGCCCAUACAGAGACUCUUAUUUCGCCAGUCAAGUUCAUUUUUGAGGUCUGGGGAGAUAUUUUUACAGUGACAGAGCAAGGAAAGGCCUACCGGUACCAUGAGAAGCCACUCCAGCAACGACUGGAUAUGAUUUACCAGCGGAACAUGUUCCCUCUAGCUUUAGAACUCGCACGCAAUUCUGGAAUGGACAACAAGGAGCAAAGUGCUAUUUACCGUAAAUUCGGUGACCAUCUUUACCAAAAAGCCGACUACGACGGCUCAAUGAACCAAUACAUUCGAGCAAUUGACACGACAGAGCCCUCGCAAGUCAUAAGAAAGUUUCUCGAUACACAACGAAUACAUAACCUGAUCAAGUAUCUCGAGGAGCUUCAUGACCAUAGAAAGGCAACGGCAGAUCAUACUACGUUGUUGCUGAAUUGCUAUGCCAAGCUCAAAGAUAAAGAGAAGCUGGAGAAGUUUAUAGAAUCUCCUGGUGACCUCAAAUUUGACCUUGACACGGCAAUUUCGAUGUGCAGACAGGGAGGCUACUACGAACAGGCAGCUUAUUUGGCCAAAAAGCACGGUGAAACAGAACUGGUGGUCGAUAUUUUGAUCGAGGAUUCCAAGAAUUACGCCGGUGCGCUCGAGUACAUUUGGCACCAGGAUCCAGCCAUUGCGUACCCUUGUUUGCGGAAGUAUGCUCGAGUCCUCAUUGAGCAUUGCCCGCAACAAGCGACCAAACUAUUUAGCGACUAUUAUACUGGCCGAUACAGGCCGAAGCGAACGCCCAUAGCAGUCGUUGAAAGCGCCGCCCACUCCUCGAACACGUUUACAUCUGGCGCUGCCAGUGCCGUGCAAAACCUCUCAAACCUUUUUGCGCUGCCGUAUAUUAGCCCGGCCUCAGUGACGGGCACACCUGGCAGUGCCAUGCCGACUGUGGAGGGCCUUCCACUCGAUGAAGACGAUUAUCCACCUCCUAAAUACACGCCACCGGAGCCACGGACUGCCUUCUCGUCAUUUAUCGACCAUGCAGACGAAUUCAUCGUUUUUCUGGAAGCGUGCCUAGAAGAAAGCAAUAUUCGGACGUCAGACCAAACAGACUUGUAUACAACCUUGUUCGAGAUGUACCUGUACAAGGCUGGCGAGAAAAAGGGCCUGCGCCGAGAGGAGUGGGAGGCAAAAGCAAAGAAGCUAAUUGAAGGCGAGCAUGUGCCCAUGGAAAGCUCUAAUGUCUUGCUACUAUCGCACCUGUCGAAUUUCAAGGACGGCACCGUGCUGGUCAAAGAGCAAGCCGGGCUCUUGUCAGAUAUAUUCCGAUCAUAUACAUCGGCGCGAGACACCCAAGGAGCGAUGAAAGCGCUGCGAAAGUAUGGGCCCGACGAGCCACAGCUGUACCCUGCGGCUCUGGCGUACCUGACUUCUGAUCCCAAGAUUCUGGAAGAAGCGGGACAAGAUGAACUUGCAGGCAUCUUGGCCAAGAUUGACAAGGACGGCUUGAUGGCUCCGUUGCAAGUCAUUCAAACAUUAGUUGGCCAGUCUGCUGGUGGCGGCUUUGCGACAAUGGGCAUGGUUAAGCCAUAUCUGCAAGAAACAAUUACUCGCGAGCGCAGGCAGAUUUCGAGCAACCGCCACAGAAUAAAAACGUUGCGUACUGAUACCGAAAAGCGACGAGUUGAGAUUGAAGAACUCAACUCGAAGCCGGCUAUAUUCCAGGCGACUCGCUGCACGGAAUGUGGCCAAGGCUUGGACUUGCCGACCGUGCACUUUCUAUGCAAGCAUAGCUUCCACGAACGAUGUCUCCGGAGUGGUACGGAGGAGGACGCUGAAUGUCCCAAGUGCGCGACUAAUAAUGAUAUGAUCCGCAAGAUUCGACGAGGCCAACAAGAGGAAGUGGAUAAACACGAACUCUUCAAAUCUGCUUUGGACCGAAGCGAGGACAAGUUUGGGACUAUUGCGGAGUGGUACUCGCAUGGGGUGAUGGAUGCGUCUCAAAACGCCGAGCAUGUCCCUUAG